UUGAACUGACGGCCGCAGCGGCCACCGUACAGCAUUAUGGCGGCGCAGCUGGUGCUGUGAGGCGAGCGGGCGGGACGUUACCCGGGAGACGAGCGGGGCUGGGGCUGGUCGGUCGGUGGGAGACGCCUGUGUUGAAAAUGACAUCAAAAGGAACCAGUGCGGCUUACCCUAGGAAGAGUUAUCGACUAACCUCUGACAAUGAAAAGCCAAAAGUCACAGGUUUUGUGAAUGACAGACUCCUCAGCAACUACCUCCACCAUGUAUUCCCUUCCUCUGAGAAUGCUCAGCUGGCUGCUACAUCCAGAAAGCCAUUGAACUUUCAGAAUCUGAAUGAACAUUUGGAUCGAAUACUGACUGAAGGACUGGACACUGAGGCAGAUAAAGAUCAAAAUAUGGAUGGGCGUCUUGGUCCAGCCACAGUGGUCCUGGAUCACACAAGUGGGUUUGAGGGAUUGUUGCUUGUGGAUGAUGAUUUACUUGGGGUUGUUGGCCAUAGUAAUUUCAGCUCAAUCAGAGCCACCUCGUGUGUAUAUAAAGGCAAGUGGAUGUAUGAAGUUCUGAUCUCCUCUCAAGGGCUGAUGCAGAUUGGUUGGUGCACCCUGCACUGCAGGUUCAAUCAGGAGGAGGGGGUUGGUGACACCUCAGAUUCUUACGCUUAUGAUGGAAAUAGAGUUCGCAAAUGGAAUGUUACCACCACUAAUUAUGGAAAAGCUUGGGCAGCUGGAGAUAUUGUGACUUGUGUGAUAGACCUGGAUGAAGGGAAGAUUGGCUUCUGCCUAAACGGAAUAUCUUUGGGAACUGCGUUUGAAGACAUCAGAUUAGGCCCUGGUGUAGCCUACUUCCCAGCAAUCAGCCUGUCCUUCAAAGAGUCGGUGGCUUUCAACUUUGGCAGCCGGCCUAUCCGGUAUCCAAUGGAAGGCUAUCGCCCCAUGCAGGACCCACCAGAGGCAGAUCUCACGAAGGCACACAAACUCUUGGGAUACCUGAAGAAUGUGUUCACUAUCGGCUUAGACAUCCAGGAAGGAAAGCUGACGGAGAAGGACCCUGCAUCGUGGCAAGCUGAGGGAGAACCUACUGUGCUCAUUACAUUAGCACACAUCUUCAACUGCUUUGCACCGCUAAUGUGUAAAGUUUACCUUGUGGAAGAAGUGCUGAUGUCCUAUUUCCUGGGUAUACUGGAGAGGGGCGGGGCAGUAGAUGAACACCCAUUGAUCCAACACUUGCUGGACCUGAUGUGGCUCCUCAUGGAGGACUAUGAAGUACAAGAGUGUUUGAAGCAGCUGAUGAUGUCACUACUUCGUGCCUACAGGUUUUCUCCAAUCAUUCCUGACCUAGGGCUACAGAUCCACUACUUGCGCCUUACCAUAGCUAUUCUGAAGCACGAGAAAACCAGGAAGUAUUUGCUCAGCAACGUCUUAUUUGAUGUGCUUCGAUCAGUUGUGUUUUUUUAUAUUAAGACCCCUCUUCGAGUGGAAGAAGCAGGAUUAGAGGAGCUCAUUCCCACCACCUGGUGGCCAACCAGGUUUGAUAAAGAGGGCAAGGAGGUAAAGGAAGAAAGUGCUGAGGAGAGGCUGAGACGCCGAGCUUAUGAACGUGGUUGUCAGCGAUUGAAGAAGCGGAUUGAAGUUGUGGAAGAGCUGCAGAUUCAAAUACUGAAAUUGUUUCUCAACAACAGAGACAGGGGAUCGGGUGAAGCAUCCAGAUACAUUUUCCUGAAUAAGUUCAGAAAAUUUUUGCAGGAGAAUGCCAGCAAUCGAGGGAAUCCAACAAUUCUUUGCCCUCCUGAAUACAUGGUCUGCUUCUUGCACCGACUGAUUGCUGCUUUGCGAAGUUACUGGGAUGAGUACAGAUUGAGGAAUCCAUCAGCGAUACCCAGUGAAGAUGCAUACGUCCCCCCUCAGCUCUUUUUCAAUGGGAAGGUGGAUUACUUUGACCAGCAGAGGCUCGGUGGUCUUCUUUCUCAUUUAAAGAAAACCCUAAAAGAUGAUCUUGCGUCAAAGGCCAACAUUAUCAUUGAUCCUGCAGAGAUCUCCGCCAUCUCAAUGGAUGACUUAGAUGAGGAUGAUGAGAGUUUAACUCAACAGAGGUCAGGUGGUGCUACUGCUGGAGGUGGAGCUCUUGCCAGACCAAGUUGGUUGAGUUCUCCAACGUUAGGCCGAGCCAAUAGGUUCCUAAGUACAGCAGCAGUGAGUCUGAUGAAUCCCCGCCGCUCCCUGGCCACUGUGGAAAAGGUGAAGGUUCGUACUCUGAGUGUGGAGCAGAGGACAGAGGAAGACAUUGAAGGAACCCAUGGAAAUGAUGGCCUGUUGUUAGGGCGUCCUCCUGAUGAACCAGAACAUCCAAUCGCAGAGAAAUCUCUACUAGAAAUCCUAGAUGGAGCUAUCAUGAUGUACAACCUCAGCGUGCACCAGCAGCUUGGCAAGAUGGUGGGUGUGUCAGAUGAUGUCCAUGAAUAUGCAGUGGCCUUGAAAGACACUGAAGACAAAAUUGCACGUUGUCCUGCAAAGAGGAAAGAUAUUCUAGAUGAAUUGACUAAGAGUCAGAAGGUUUUCUCUGAGAAGCUGAAUCAUCUGAGCCGCCGGCUAGCUUGGAUAAAUGCCACCAUCUACUCCAAGGAGAAGAUGUUGGACAUCUACUGGCUGCUGCAGGUGUGCAUAAGAGUAAUUGAACACAGUGACCGGACUAAAACGCUAUUUGCUUUCAUGCCGGAGUUCUACAUGAAUGUUGCCAUGAACAGCUACAGUGCUCUGAAGAAUUACUUCAGUCCAGUCAACAGCAUGGACGAACUGCCUGGGUAUCAGGAGACACUGAGCCGAUUAGCUGCCAUCCUUGCCAAGCACUUUGCUGACUCUCGAAUCGUGGGAACAGAUAUUAAGGAUUCUCUGAUGCAGGCUCUCGCCAGCUAUGUCUGCUACCCACACUCUCUGCGAGCUGUUGAGAGCAUCCCAGAGGAGCAACGUAUAGCCAUGAUGAAGAAUCUCUUAGCUCCCUAUGAACAGCGGCCAUGGGCACAGACCAACUGGAUCCUUGUGCGACUCUGGAGGGGAUGUGGGUUUGGAUACAGGUACACACGGCUCCCUCACUUAUUGAAAAGCAAACCAGAAGAUGCCAACAUGCCAAGCCUGCAGAAGCCUUGUCCUUCUACUCUACUACAACAACACAUGGCGGAUCUGCUGCGCUCUGACUGUGAAAUGGCAGCAAGUUUCCUCAAUAGUGUGCUCAACCAGCUGAACUGGGCCUUCUCUGAGUUCAUUGGCAUGAUCCAGGAGAUACAACAGGCGGCUGAGCGACCAGAGCGGAAUUUUGUCGACAGUCGCCAGCUGAAGGUUUGUGCCACUUGCUUUGACCUUUCCGUGAGCCUGCUGAGAGUUCUGGAAAUGACCGUCACUCUUGUCCCUGAGAUCUUUCUGAACUGGACCAGACAGUCUGCAGAACUGCUGUUGCGACGCCUUGCACAGUUGAUAAACCAGGUGUUGAACAGAGUGACGGCAGAGAAGAAUCUCUUCGACCGUGUUGUCAAUCUGCGUUUACCUGGUUUGGAAAGUGUGGAUCAUUAUCCAAUAUUGGUAGCUGUGACUGGAAUUCUUGUCCACAUCCUAGUUGACUCUGAUGUUCAGGGGGUCCAAAGAGGAACAGCUGUGCUGCUGGCCGAUCCCUGCUUUCAGCUGCGAUCAAUACAAUACCUUCUAGGAGAAAAUGAGCUCUCUGCUCUGGGAGCAACACCCCCACCAACUGUGAAGAAACACUUCUCACUCCAAGCAUACCCAGAUUAUAUCAGCUCGGAAGAGCUGAUGAAGGUUGAAGGUUUACUCUCCCAUCUGACCCGCGAGUCUAAACAGGCUGCCGCCACUGCCCUGCCGACCAGUGAGGAAGAUCUGUGCCCCAUCUGUUACGCACAUCCAAUCUCUGCCGUUUUCAGGCCGUGUUCUCACAAAUCUUGCAAGGCCUGCAUCAACCAGCACCUGAUGAACAACAAGGACUGCUUCUUCUGCAAGGCCACCAUCACCGCCGUAGAUGAUUACACAAAACCAUCGUCGUCCUAGUUGUCACUGAUCUGCCGACCUUGCAAUUUCCCUGCUUCCAAAAGAUAGGGUAACAGAGAAAAUACUCUUCAGGAUGUUAGCAACUGUGUAAGAUGCAGAGAUUGAAAUGAUCAAUAUCUGAUGUUUACAAAAGGGAAAGAUCCUUGGUGCUCCAUCAAGCAGUGAUACGCUUGUUAGAUUGCUAUUUAAUUUCAUAUAUUGAUUGCUAGUGACUGAGGCUAACGUGUUCUGAAGGGCAAUUUACAGAUUGUAUUUCGCCCUGUCCCUUCAAACCCUGACACGCUAAUCUUGUGUCUUAACUUUGAUUCCCACCCUGGGUCCUAAUGCCUACCUUUAUUAGCUUAUGAGCUGCAAACUGGAGUCAAGUGAGAUUUUAAAUCUUUGGAAGAAAUGGGGAAGGAAGCAAAUACUUGUGUAACUUCCACUGUAUUACUUGGCUUGAACUAGAGUCUGGCGGGGGCUUGGAACAAUCCAUGAGAAGAUACCUUGUCUUCAGCAGGUGGUUUCAGGCUCCUGUGAAAAUUGUUCGAAGCUACUGUAUCCCUUUUGCCACACAUUAAGGCUUUUGGUGAAAACUUUUUUUAUCAACAGCGGAAUUCAAACAGUUACCAGAUUUUUCGAUGCCCUGCCUUGACCUGACUUUUACUAACCAAACCAUCACAAAAUGGCAGGAUCAUUUUCUAUUAAUCCAGGGGUCUUAUCAAUGUCCUGAAGUUUUUCUAAAUAAUCCUACUUGGAAACAAUGUGUCUCUGCACUUCCUGUCUGAUUGCCUGGUUUCAUAUCUGGAGUCCCAAUUAACCAUUUCUCAAAUGGCUGACAUUUCCCCCUUAACUUCACGUCCCUUGAUGUCCAGCAACUGGUGCAGCCACAGACAGUGCCAGACUGGAGAAUAAAGUCACUCCACUGCAUCGUCGUGAGGGCAACAACCAGUUGCAGUGAUUUCAUUGUGCUUCACCUAUGCCCUAGUGCCAGCACUGGAGUUUCCCACAUCUAAGAUUUAGGUCCUGUGCCUCAUAAUCUGACCCAGUGACCCCAGUCAUCAGGUAUGUUUCUUAUCUAUUAUCCAAUUUUCAGCUUUAAGUCUAAGGUAUUUCCCCAACCUCUCUAAUUCUAGAAUUGGGACUCGCUUCAUGUAACUAGCAUCAAGAUCAUAUGUUCACACCUGUAUUAACACUGGAAAACAUACCACUCAGUAUCCUGUGUGGCCACAGCCAGCCUGAUGCUUGAGAAGGCAAUGAUUAGGGUUCAUCUGUCCAUAGUUAGACUAACACUGACCCUUUGUACAUCAGAGUCCUGUGUCCACAUCCAGACCAAUACUGUGAGACACUCCUUGUGUGACAUUGCAUAACAUGUCUAUACCCAGACAUGCUAGAUAACGUGUGAAUCAAGCCCAUGUGUCCACACCUAUACGGAUGCUAUGACACUGGACUGCUGUGAACCUGUUCAGUGUCACAGCAGGGUACCAGGUGUGAACUUGCUGAUGCCUGGACUGGCAUUCAUUGACUAACAUGCAAGUCAGGGUACUAAUGUAUUCACUUGGUCCAAUGUUGAAUAAUGUACAAAAACAUGCUGCCACCUGGAUUGUCACUGGGUGAUAUCAGCCAGGAUCUCAUGGGUCUGCACCUCAAAUGAAACAUGAAUCAACCAAAAUGUCCAUGUCUGGUUUGUCACGAGAUUAUCACACCAGGCAGAUUCCCAUAUGUCCCUAUCUGUAAUGACACUGCAUAACAUGUGAGACAGUGCCUUUCCUCUUCUACUUUCAAAACUCAAUUUUACUAAAGAUGAUUACUGUUGGUCAUUGACACUAUAAACCACACUACAGAGGAGUGUUAUCAAUAGUGAGAUCCACCUUCUCACAAUUAAUUUAAUGCUACUUGGAGUUGCCAUGACAUUACAGAUUCAAAGAUCUACCACGUGAGUGAAGACUUGCACUACAGUGUUGCUUGCUGCAGGAGCCCAGAGUCUGUGGGGUAGCCAUCAGUGUGUCAGACUUGACCAGUGAGAAGCAGUAAAUUCUCAGUUUUUAGAAAGAUGGGAAAAACUGGGAAAGAGAGAGAGAGAAAAUCAGCAUCAAGUUCUUAAGGAACUGGGUAACUUGUCCCAAUCUCUGCUACAAUGCUGUGUGAGAUGUGUGUUUUUUGAAGGCUGAUUUCCCUGAAUUUUAAUGAUUUAUUUCUCUCUUCGCUAAUUAAAUUCAGAGUACCUGACACUGUUCACUCUCAGUAACCAGUCAGUGCACAACAUGCAAAAUUAUCUGACUGUGCACCAGCAUACAUGCAUUGCAACAGUGAGAGAGGAAAUUGACUGGUGAAGCUGGGUUUGAGUUAAAGCUGGAACUUAGUAACCAGGACAGUGCCAUUCAUCGUCCUCCUACAACAGCACCAGUGAUGGCUGUCAAGCACUAAACUCUCUGCUGUCCAAGUUACUGUUGGACUCUUGGCUGCAGUGAAGAGUGUGUGAAGGUGCUGAUUUGCACUAUUUGAUCUUGUAUCUCAACAUGUGUUAAAAACUGAAGAUUUAACAUUUAUAAAUUAAUAUUGUAACUCGCUCUGUGGCCCUGGUAUAUCAUCGUAUUCCUUGCCUGGGAAGUUCAGAACUUAAGGUUUAUUUUUACAAAAAGGAUUUCACAACUAUCACAAAUGAAUUGACUGGUCUAAGCAGUUGGUAGGGCACUAGGACCCUGUUCCCCAUCUUGAAGGUGAGAAAGGGUCGGCAGCAAUGGAGAGCCUUUCAUCAGGAAGAUGCAUGCAGUGUGAGAACUGCUGAUUUCUGCUUUUAAUACUUUGGGAUUCCCUUUUGUUGGGGAUAAUGGAGUGUGUGUGAGAAACUGCUGCUUGUGUUAAGUUUGAUGGACUGUUCUUAUAUGCGAGUUUACUUGCAGACAUGAACAAUAAAAAUGAGUUACCAAUCAGAUUUGAGGCCUGUUUCAUGGAAGCACUCCUACAAUGUCUCACCCAGUACCAUGACUAGUGACACCACCUCUAACUCAGCAAUUACGAAAUACCACAGGAAGUCCCAAAUUAAAAUGGCAGCUGGAAUCAGUCCUUAGGGCAUUCAAACACAAGGAUGUCAGUCUAGAUCACAUGCUGAAAUUCAGGGGAGGACUUGACCUCCAACCCUUAGGCCCUGCGAGUGCCACCAUUGAUUCUUGCUCUGAUCACAGCUUUCUGAGGUCUCCAAGGAUAAAUGAAUGUUUUUACCUUAGCUGCAUUUUAAUUGUUUAAAUGCUUUGGAAAUUAGCAUUAUAGUUUUUUG